AUGGGGAACGCACCGUCGCAGCCUGGGAACGAGUCCAACGAGGCUGCUGAUUCAGUCGAUGCCGUCACCUUCACUAACGGCCCAUAUCAAAAGCACCCUCAGCAACCAUACCAACAACAACAACAACAACAGCACCAGCAGCACCAGCAACAACAGAACCAGCAAUACCGUCAGCAUGACUCUACCCAUCUCCAACAACCAAGUUACAUGACCUCCUCUCACCAACGGCAAGCUUCGUCGCCCGGUACUUUCACUCAUUCCUCGCCUCCCCAGGGAUCUAUUCACCCUUCAACAAUACCUAUCGCUUCUGUCCCCGUUGACGCUGCCCACCGGCGCUUCCCCUCUGUCCGAGAGCAGUAUCUGAAUGAUUCACCCGCGGGUUCAUCGCCUCUCGACAGUGAUUCAUCAUAUCCACAUGUUCUCGCUGGCGGGCAUUCUUUGGGCGAUCCGUCAGCCCAUCCACCGCGGUCCUCUCACAGCCCCAAGGGUGGGCUCCCAGGAGGCGGACCCCGGAGAAGGGCAUCGUCCCUGGUGAGCGGGCAAGCCUACGGCCAGUACGCCGACACCUUCAACGAACAGGCCCUCGUAGCCUCAGCAGCACAACAGGACAAGUUGGAACAGAGAUUGCACACAUCCGAUGGACGACCCAGUUAUCGAAAUUCAGCUCGUGUUUCGAGGGCCUUUGAGUUGGAGCCUCUAAAGAGCCUGGACAAUGCACAUGACGAUUCCAAGGAUGGAAACGUACCCACGAUCAUUACAUGGAGUCAGGGAGGCACCAAUGUCUAUGUGACCGGAACGUUCAACAACUGGAAGCAGAAAUUCAUUGUGGACGACGAGUGGAAAUGUUCGACAGAACUUUCGGCCGCAACGGACGCAGAAGGAAACUUGGUCAACUUUUUGGAAGUCGACGACGAAGAACAAGACGAGCUGGAAGGGGGUUAUGACACACCCAUCAAUGGGUCGCCAGUGGGAUCAUACACGGAUCACAUCCCUGCUUAUGCGCUCUCGGGCGACUCGACACCAAGUACAUCAGGAAGUGAUGGACUGUUGCCUCUCACGGCUAUCUCCGCGAACGACGGUCACGGCAGUCCUCGAUCGCAAGGAUCGCCAACAGCAAAGGGUUCACCUUCAAGUGCUUCGUCUUCGUCCUCAAAGAUGUUUGACUCGACUUCAUCCAUCUCGAACGAGCCACCUCCAGGACUGCCCCCACAUCUGGAGAAGGUCAUUCUCAACAAUGUGCCCUCAAAGGAAGACAACUCAGUCCUGCCUGUUCCUGACCAUGUUGUCCUGAACCACUUGUACGCGUGUUCGGUCAAGGAGGGUGUACUGAGUAUCAGUGUUACUGCUCGGUACAGGAAAAAGUACAUCACGACGGUUUUCAUCAAGCCUGUCGUAACGGACGCCUAA